AUGGAGGAAAAUAAUAGGGAACAACUGGAACAGAUCAAUCAGAUGGGCCAUGCGAAUGAACCCACGGGGAGUCCCGCGGAGGAUCUGACUGUUAGCAAUGGGGAUCAACUGUUGACUAAUGGUGCUGGCGUGGAUGGUACAGGAGAAGGCAUGGCUGAGGAAGAACUGGUUGAAGAGUUUGAUGUGUUUAGAAAUGUUGGACAAGGGCUGUCUGGUCACUAUAGAGAGAUUAUGAUCCAAUACUGGCAAGAAUUGAUCAAUGAGAUCGAACAAACAAAUGAACCUGGAUCUGCACACCAGGACGAUUUCAAAUCGCAUUCACUACCGUUUGCUAGAAUCAGAAAAGUGAUGAAGACGGAUGAGGAAGUGAGGAUGAUCAGUGCGGAGGCACCUAUUAUCUUUGCUAAAGCAUGUGAGAUCUUCAUCACGGAGUUAACGAUGCGUGCUUGGUGUAUAUCUGAAAAGAAUAAAAGACGUACACUACAGAAGGCAGACAUUGCAGAUGCAUUGAAACAGAGUGAUAUGUUUGAUUUCCUUAUCGACAUUGUGCCUAGAGCCGGUAUCACGCCAGGGGCAACCUCUGGAACCACAGCUACAGAGACAACCACAGCUAAUUCUAUUCGCGAGUAA